AUGGCUACCACUCCUCCCCCUCUCCCCCCUCCCAUUGACGCCUCCUCCGUCGACAAGCUUCAGCUUGCCGCGGACCGCUCGGCGAUCAACUGGCACUCCUUCGUCGAGAGCAUCCGCCGUGUUCUCCAGGAUGCAUUCGUCGGACCCUACUGCGUCCUCGACAUCCUCCUCCGCCGCCCGCAAGCCCUCCAGCCCACGGCACCCAAUCACCCCGGCGAACCCCCUCCACCCCCCAUUCCUCCUGGUCCUCCUCCUGCUGAACCCACCUUGGAGAUCGCCACUACCCCAGCGCUCCACAGUGCCGCCGAUGCCGCCUUUCUCCACGAUCGUCGCGAGUACCUCAUCCGCAAGGCGGAGCAUGAGGUUGCGGUCCAUAACCACGACUUCGCGGUAGCGGAACGCGCCAAUCGCCUGGCGCUCCUUGAUGAGUACAAUACGGCCAUGGCAGACUACCUCCCUAGGAGCAUCGCAUGGGCCACUGCUGACAACCGCGCCUGCACCAUCCUCCUCGGCGCACUCCCUGAUACCCUCAUGCGCCGUUUCCAAGCUCGCGAGAUGCGCGCCUCCCUCAUCUGGGCCGAGCUCCAGGCGAUGUUCGAGCGUCGCGACAUCAGCUCUGUCCGCGCCCUGUUCGAGGAGUACUUCUCCAUCCCCCUCGCCACUUGUGAUGGCGCAAUUGACUACGUGGGGCGCAUGCAGGAGGUCGCUGAUCGCCUUGCGGCACGCCAAGCUGCCCUCCCCGAGCCAUUGCAAAUCCACCGCCUCCUCUUCAACCUCACCCCGGACUACGAGUCCCGCCUCCAUGCCUUCACUGAGGCGAACGCCUUGGCCGGCCUCAACGACGUGGUCCAGUGGAUCAUUGACACGGAAGUCAAGCUCCGCACCUCCGUUGUCAACCUUACCACCCCUCAGUCCUCCUCCUCCAGCUCCCUCAACGCUACGCAGCCGCGCAACCACGGUGGUCGCAGCGGCGGCGGCGGAGGCCGUGGAGCGGGCGGUGGUGGUGGUGGAGGCCGCGGUGGUGGCGGUGGUGGUGGUGGUGGUGGUGGUGGUGGCCGUGGUGGCCGUGGUGGCGGUGGUGGUAGUGCUAGCAGCGCCCUUGCUGGAGGACCUUCCUGUGCUGGUGGUGCUGUGACUCGAGGCGGACGCCUUGGCACUCUCCCCCCAUGCACAUAUGUGCGCCGUCAUGGUCCCCGUGCUGGUACCCCUUGCGGCCAGACCAACCAUCCCCCCACCACGUGCUUUAAGGCACUCGUCGACGCCUGGUUUGAUCGAGGCAACACUGGCACCCCUCCUCGCUGGAACUCGUGUUCCCGAUACUUCGGGUAG